AUGCCCCAUACAGGGAUCCUUUUUUCAGCCACUUCUCACACGCUGAGUUAUCCCACCACAGUCGUCUUACAACGGGCGCCAUCAACAUCUGCUUCAGCCUAUCAGCUCCAUCAUCACGACCACAACUGCAAAGCCAUGCUCGCGUACUUGGAGAACUACUUCGACCUAAGGAAGAGCUUCGUCUUCUACGGGGCGUAUCAUCACAAGCGGUCAAACCAAUUGAUUCAUGUGAUCUUCGUACCGGUCAUUUUCACUACCGCCAUGAGCUUCCUUGCGCGUGUGCCCAUCACCGGCGGCGUCAACCUCUCCCACAUCGUCACCGCCUUCUACACGGUCUCUUUCAUCAAGAUGGAGCCGAGUGCGGGGACACUCUACGCGCCGAUGAUAGCGGCCAUGGAAUACCUUGGCUCACGGGUGCUCAUCCGCCACGUACCGGUCAGCAUUGGGAUGCACGUCCUCGGGUGGGCAGCGCAGAUCGUGGGGCACAAGUUUAUCGAGGGCCGCCAGCCAGCCUUCAUGGAGGAUCCGCUGCAGGCAAUCCACGCAGCGGUGUUCUUUGUCUGGCUGGAGGUGCUCUUCUUCCUCGGCUACCGCCCCGCCAUGAAGGCUGAGUUGGAAAAGGCGAUCAAGGAGCGAAUUGCAGCAAUGAACGCGGUGAAGAAAACUGAGAAGGCGCCGUGCGUGGAGGCGGCACCGAAAAAGGCGAGCGCGUCGAAAUCGACGGCGCCCGUCAGCGACGCACUUGCCCCGCGUAGGGUGGGAAAGGGAGAAGGAGGUGACGUGAGAAACUGA